AUCAACCCACACGCAAAACUAAUUUUCCUCGCAAGUCUACUCCUAGGGACAACCAUCACAAUCUCAAGCAACCACUGAAUAUCGGCCUGGGCCGGACUAGAAAUUAAUACCCUUGCCAUCAUUCCUCUCAUUUCAAAAUCUCACCACCCACGAGCGAUUGAAGCUGCAAUUAAAUAUUUCCUAGUACAAGCAACCGCCUCAGCACUAGUUCUUUUUUCGAGCAUAAUCAACGCCUGAUUUACAGGACAGUGAGAUAUCACCCAAUUAAACCAGCCCGUAUCAUCUCUCCUGUUGACAGCAGCAAUUGCAAUCAAACUAGGCCUAGUACCAUUCCACUUUUGGAUUCCCGAAGUACUUCAAGGCUCACCAUUAACCACAGCCCUACUACUCUCCACAGUUAUGAAAUUUCCCCCAAUCACAAUUCUAUUCCUAACAUCCCACUCCCUAAACCCAACACUACUAACACUCAUAGCCAUUGCUUCUGCUGCCAUGGGGGGCUGAAUAGGACUAAACCAAACACAAAUUCGAAAAAUUUUAGCCUUUUCAUCCAUCUCCCAUUUAGGCUGAAUAGCUAUCAUUAUCACCUACAACCCCAAGCUCACCUUACUAACCUUCUACCUAUACUCUUUAAUAACUACCACUGUAUUCCUUACCCUCAAUACAACUAAGACCCUAACACUAUCAACAAUAAUAAUUACAUGAACAAAAAUCCCUACAUUAAACGCAGCCCUAAUACUAACACUCCUCUCCCUAGCAGGCCUUCCCCCCCUAACAGGUUUCCUACCAAAAUGACUCAUCAUUCAAGAACUCACUAAACAAGAAAUAACCGUAGCAGCUACAAUCAUUACCAUACUCUCACUGCUAGGACUAUUCUUCUACCUUCGCCUCGCAUACCACUCAACAAUCACACUUCCACCGAACCCCACAAACCACAUAAAACAAUGGCAUACCAACAAAUCAACAAACACUCUAAUUGCCAUCUUCACCUCCCUAUCAACCCUACUCCUACCCCUCUCUCCCAUAGUCCUCACCACCAUCU